AUGAUGUCAAAACUCUUUAACGUUUUUUUUUCUUCUUCUUCGACAUCAACAGUGAAGUUUCUUUUUGGUAAAAUUUCACAAGACGAAAUAAAGCUUCGAGUAAAAAUGAACGCUCCUGCAAUAACAAUUGUACUCAUCGCUGCGCUAUUCUUAAUAUCUAUUAAUGAUGCUUAUGUACUUAAACAAAGUUCAAACACACCACUUGAAAUUCAAAUGUAUGAAUAUUUGCAAGUUGUCAAACAAGAAAAUCUCAUCUCUCAGCGACGAAAGCAACUUGAGAAGAAACUUUUACAGCGUGUAAACGAGAAAUCUACUAGCAACGAUAACGAUGAUGAUGAUGAUGAUUUUGGGAGAUUACUGGUUCGCCGAAAAGUAGUCGGUUUAGGAGACAAUCCAUUCAAAUAA